CACGACCCUCGACACGGCGGGGCCCAUCCUACUGGCAUCUCAGCGCACACUCAGCCCUGCGGUUAACGGCCAAAGGCAGUACUUGAACGCUGCCAUGUUACGCAGGUUCUGGAAACCUGUCGCUGCAACCGCCUUGUUCAUCGGCACUCCAACUUACUUGUACUACCGCUACUACAGCAAACAACGAGCCAACUCCAUCGAAAUUCCUGUCCGCUUGCGUGGGGAAGACGGGAAACCCAUCGUUUCCACCCGUACAUUCCCCAUGCUCUCCCAGUCCGCCGUUGACGAGCGUCUCUACGAACAUGCCAAACAGGAAUCCCUGCGGAGAGGCAGGACAAAAUGGUCCCGAAUGAUUCCCAUCGAGGAUGCACAUGCCCACGCUAUCGUUGCACGGGAUCCAGAUGACCCACUGGCCCCUGGCGAGUGGCUGUUCUUUACUGUCAUGGAUGGGCAUGCGGGACCGCACACCUCCCGGUUACUAUCAAAGACCCUCAUCAACGCCGUCGUUUUGGAGCUUUCCAAUCUCAUAAAUGACACAAAAGGCUAUAAAUUGUCCUGGAGAGCGACCGUGCAGAGUCCCGAUAAAAUAUCGCUGGCUAUACAGAAGGCAUUCACCAAGCUCGACGAAGAGUUAAUGUCUGCGCCACUCAAGCUUUUGGGUGCUAAUUUCGACAAGGAAGCUCUAAAAUCAAGGCAAAUACCGGAUUUGAGUCAACAUCCACUUGCAUUGCCCGUAAUGCUUCCAGCCGUUUCUGGUGAACGUUCCGCCGCAUAUGCGUACCCCUGAUGCUUAUAUUCGUCUAGGAAGUUGUGCGUUAAUGGCUGU